AUUUAUAUUUCUGCAUUCUCUCUCUCCUAAAUCUUUCUUUUUUUUUUUGUCAACCUCUCUCCUAAAUCUUUCUCAUUCACUAAAACUCCUCAAACUUUUCACAAAACCAGAAUCUCUGUUUUUCCUCCAAACAGAAUCUUGAAAAAGCAAGAAAAUAUUAGUUAGGUGAGAGUGAUGAUCAUGCAUGAAUACAUGGACUUCAGACCAGUCAAGUACACAGAGCACAAGAAAGUGAUCAAGAAGUACACUAAAAAGUUGCCAGCGGAGAACAAGAACAAGAUCAGUUCUGGUCGUGACUCGGCCAUGUUGGUUCGGGUUUGUGUGACGGAUGGUGACGCCACUGAUUCAUCAAGCGACGACGAGGAGGAGUCUUUCUUCCCUAGAAGACGUGUCAAGAGACUGAUCAACGAGAUCAGAGUUGAACCGAGCGAAGUCUCCGCUCCAAAGAAAAGCCUCGCCGUUGCUUCUCCGCUUCAAGAGGUAUCUGUUUCCUCCGCCGACCAAAACAAGAGGAAGUUCCGCGGCGUGAGACGUCGGCCGUGGGGAAAAUACGCGGCGGAGAUUCGUGAUCCAGUGCAACGCCGGAGAAUCUGGCUCGGUACUUUCUCGACGGCCGAGGAAGCUGCUGUUGUCUAUGACAACGCAGCAAUCAGGCUUCGUGGUCCUGAUGCUCUUACCAACUUCACCGUACCGGAACCAGAACCGGACCGGGAGAGCAACGUAUCGGUUUUGUCGACAUCAGAAUCAGUGGAAGACUCUCCUCAUCAUCUAGCAUCUCCUACAUCAGUUCUAAACUACCAUAUAUCCGAGAAAGUUGAUGAACCGGUCAAACCGGUUAAGCAAGAGUUUAUUGAACCGGAACCAACAAGUUGGCGAAUAAGUGAAGUUAAUGACUCAUUUCCAUUGGACUUUUCAUUUCUGGACAACUAUUUCAGCGAAACAUUGCAAGACAUUUCCAUCUUUGAUGAUCAGUCUAUGUCUCCUAUUCAAUCAUCAGAGAAUACUUUCUUUGAUGAUCUUGUGCUAUUGGAUAACAACUACAUAGGAGGAGAGGACUACUCUUCUAAAAUCAAAGAGAUUGGUUUGGUAUUCAAUGAUCUUGAUGAUUCUUUGAUAUCAGAUUUUUUAGUUAUGUGAUGGUUGCAAAUAUUUUGCAUAUGUGAGUCAAAUUUUAGUCCAGAACUUUUGAAUGUCCAUAAGUUUUCCAUUUUUUUUUUUGGGGUAAUGUUUAAUGAUUUUGUUGAGAAUCUUUUUGGUAUUGUGUUGUCAGUUUGUAAGACAGUUUUGGGAGAAAUAUUAACAAAUGAAUAGCUGAUUAGUUAAUUGUUGUCUUGUUAAUUUCAAGAUGUCUGAAAUUUUGUUAUUUGUUUUUAUGUGAUCAAUUAUAAAAUAAUAGCAAAAUUAAAAUUCUCUUUGGCGAUGCC